CCGAUCUUGCGGGCUCCAGCUCUCGUCCCUCUCAGUUGUCCCUGCGGCCCCCACAGGCCAUGCUGUGGUUAUGCUUCAGGCUGAUGGGAGUAACUCUAUUAUCAUCGUUGGCGGGGCGAAUAUGUCUUGUUGGCCCGACCCCCUUCGGGGUCAGGAUCUUGAGCUUCUUAGCAAGGCUGCUGUGUUGUUAUUGCAGCGAGAGGUACCUGAUCGUGUCAAUGUGCUCGCCGCUAGGGCAGCGAAGAAGUCUGGCGUUCCGGUGAUACUAGAUGUGGGAGGGGUGGAAUCACCUAUUCCAAAGGAGCUCAUGGAUUGUGUCGAUAUCUUGAGUCCGAAUGAGACGGAGCUGGCAAGACUCACAGGCAUGCCAACGGAGUCGUUUGAAGAGAUUGCUGGAGCUGUGGUCAAGUGCCAUGAAAUGGGUGUCAAGCAAGUCCUAGUAAAAUUGGGGGCAAAAGGAUCGGCCUUCUUUGUUGAAGGAGAGGAACCAAUUAGACAACCAAUUAUUCCUGCAGCAUUGGUUGUUGAUACCACCGGAGCUGGUGACACCUUCACUGCUGCAUUUGCUGUGGCUCUUGUGGAGGGAAAGCCCAGAAGAGAAUGCUUGAAGUUUGCUGCUGCAGCAGCUUCUCUGUGUGUACAAGUGAAGGGGGCUAUCCCCAGCAUGCCUGAAAGAAAAGCAGUCGAGGAGCUUCUUGAAUCUCUCUAAUAGCCAGAUAUCAUCAUGCAGUUUUGUGGUUGAUGUAAAGAAAUAAACACUAUUACUCUGGUGAUAAGGUCAUGAUUUUGGCAUUCAUACUUUUUGUCUUUGGUGUGAACUUGAAGUCCAAAAGGCAUUAUAUUGGAAGGGUAGGGAGGCUUGAAGUUGUUUAGAAAAGGCGAGAUAAUCGUUGGCCAUAUUAAUAAAACAGAGAACAUUUAUUUUAGUUUUCUAAGGAGUUAGAUAAUGUUAUGAGUCUUAUUGUGACUUGAUGCUCAAUUUUCUAAGAGUUACAGAGAGAUGACGUAAUUAGUCUCAUUGUGGCCUGAUGCCAGGUUUUUCUAAGAGUUAUAGAGAGGAAAUGUAAUUAGUCUCACUGUGACUUGAUAAGGAGUACAAAAUCUGAUGAUUGUAUGGUAACAUUUAUUUUGAA